UUUUUGCUAAGUUUCGGUUUUGUGUUAUUAUUUUCUGCAUGAUCGGGCAUAAACGCCUAACAAGCCUGAAAAUUUAUGUAAUUGCUACAACCAAUAAACGCAUAAAUUAAAGCUUGCUAUUAUUUCCAGAUGGAUCCAUCAGAUUUAGAAUUUUUAGCUGAAAAAGAAAUGGUGUCAAUAAUUCCUAAUUUUAAUCAUGGUAAAUUAUUUUUAAUUCGAGGUGAUGUUGGACCUUUUGCCGCUAGUAUACCUGUCGAAGUACCUUUAUGGUUAGCCGUAAAUUUGCGUCAAAGGCAAAAAUGUCGAGUGAUACCGCCAGAUUGGAUGAGUGUCGAAAAAUUAGAAGAAAUUAAACAAGAAGAAAUCGAUUCGACCAUAUUCACGCCCAUGCCUAGUGAGCAUUAUAAAGAAAUUUCGAGGUUAUUAUUUGAUGUUGCUGUACCUGAUAUACCACAUGCAGACGAAGUUAAGACUCUUAUUAAAGAUAUUUGGGAUAUUAGAAUGGCAAAACUUCGUAGUUCUGUGGAUGCUUUCAUUAAAAGUGGAGAAUCUCACGCUCAAGUAGAUAAUUUGACUGCCUUCGAAAUCAAUUUCGUUCGACCACUUCUUACUACAGCUUUAUUUCAAUUACACAAAUUCAGACGGGCUGCUGUUGUUGCAUCACAGAAUGAAAGCCAAAGUCAGCCAUCUGGAAGCGUAUAAAUUGUAUGUGACUUGAUUGUUAUGACUUGAACUGUUUUGGAAUUCUAUUGGUAUGACUCGAGUUCAUCGAUAGAUCAUCUCCCAUUUGAAACAAUUCAUAUUUCUAAGACAUUCGUUAUACUCAUCUAAGAUGCUGUGUACUUAAAAACUGUUAUUUAUUUUUUAAAAAAAAUGUAAUUAUGUUAAAUAAUACUUGUUGCAGGUCUUUUAAAUUCAAAUGUUUUAAACUUCUCUGAAUAUGUGCUCUAAUUACUUAUAAAAGAUGUAGGCUAAGCGUAGUUGAGAAAAUGUCUAAUGUUUAUAUUCUUUUUUCAAUGAUAUAUUUCAUUUUAAAACUCAUUUGUUGUUCAUUGUAAAAUAAUGUUUCUUUUCUUUCUUUCUUAAGUUUAUGAAGUUAUCAUGAGAGACAUAUUAUACUUGCCAAGUAAAAUAAAAGGUGUGUCAUAUAUAUGCAAGUUUGCUGUCAUUUAUAAACAUGCAUCCAUUUAUUUUAAUAUUGUUAACUUGAGGGGCCUUAUAAAAUGAUGAUCGCUAGUGUCUCAUGUAGUCUGUGAAUUCAAUAGAAUAAAAUAAGUGGCAAUACUAUUUGGCUUUUCUUUUAUAUGGUUGCUUCUUAUGUAAUUAUAUAAAAAAAAUUAACUGACUACAUAAUGAACCUUUUCAUUUAUGUCAAUUUCAUUUUUAAAUCUUUAAUUUUUAUUUUAGAGUUUAUUUAUGAAAAAUAUAAUUGUUUCUAAUGAUCUGCAUGGUAGUCUUCUUAAAUUUUUGGGUAAAAGCUUACAAUUUAUUUCAAUAUUUUAUUAUGUAUAGUUAAGCCAUUUAAAAUUAAUUUUUGAUCCAUUCAAAUAAAAAAGUGAGCUUGAUUUAUUUAUAACAUAAUAAAUUUGUAUUUAGAAAAUAUAUGAUUUGUAUUAUUUUGAAUUUUUUUUUUAAUAUAGCUACUUGUUGAUAAACAAAUUCGGAAAUGAUUGAUAAUAUUUUUUAGUCCAGUUUUUAUGAAAUAACAAGGCAUGUUCAGAUUAACUGUUAAUGAGAGCCUAAUGAAAGUGAAGUGAAUGAGUUUAAGAGUGCCUUUUUACUGAACCGUGCUAAAAUUAACUGCUAAUUACAGUAUGUUAAUGUGGCUAACAGACUCAGUGCUGACUUUAUAUUUAACCCUAUUAUUUUAAACUGGUGUUUAAGACUAUUUUUCUGUAGUCUCAUAAAAGAAAUGUGAUGUGCUCUCUUCAAUAAAAGCUUGACUUAUGUUA